GUGUGUUAGAGAAUGGUUACACUCUAUCAGCAUGCAAAUAAUUGAUGUCAUACAGGGGAUCUAAAUGAUCUUUAUCAUUAGUGCAUUUAUAAUUAUCUCACGCUCAAGAAAUAUGAGUCCAGUAAAUGCAAAUUAAGGAAAGGAAUAGAAGUGGCGGUCAAUUCUACAUGCAGAAUUCCCAACUUGGUUGACUUUUAUCUGCAGACACUGCAGAAAUGGAGAUCGAGUCAAUGGUGGCAAACUGUGCACUCAUAAAAGCACGAGAAGUAGGUAAUGGUGGUAAUCGUAAAGGAAGAAGUCGAAAAUGGAAGGAAAUUCUACGUUUCCCGCACAUUAACGAGUGCACACAGCUGGAGAAAAGCAUUGAGCGUGACUACAACAGUCUGUGUGUUAAACAGCCCAUUGGAAAGCAACUCUUCCGAAUGUUUUGUGCAACUAGAUCCGAUCUGCAAUACUGCAUUGACCUCUUGGAUGCAAUGGAAGAGUACGAGGUCACGCCGGAUGAAAAUCGAAAGCAUUUUGGCAAGCAACUCGUAACAAAAUAUCUCACCUCACAGUAUUUUCGUAGUGUGAAGGGAAUUUUAGAGAGCCAACUGCAGGGGUGCAGAUGCAACCUGGAGCUCCGAGCAUCUGAAGAUGUCUUCAACGAAUGCCAGAAAGCGCUCCAUGAGUAUUUGAGUGGAGGUCCUUUUGCAGAAUAUCAGAAGAGCAUGUACUUCGACCGGUUCCUGCAGUGGAAGAUGGUUGAGAGACGGCCGAUCACCAGAAACACAUUUCGAGAAUAUCGUGUUUUAGGAAAGGGCGGGUUUGGAGAGGUGUGUGCAUACCAGUCCCGCGCAUCAGGGAAAAUGUACGCCUGUAAAAAACUGGAGAAAAAACGUGUGAAGAAGCAGAAGGGGGAAUCCAUGGCCCUCAACGAAAAACAGAUUCUAGAGAGGGUGAACAGCAGAUUUGUGGUCAGUUUAGCUUACGCUUUCGAGGCGAAAGAAGCUCUUUGUCUGGUGUUGACAAUGAUGAACGGAGGAGACCUGAGAUUUCACAUCUAUCACAUGAGCAAGGAGGGGCUCAGCAAAGACAGAGUUCAAUUUUAUGCUGCUGAGAUCCUGUGCGGAUUGGACCAUCUACAUCAAAAGUCCAUUAUAUAUAGGGAUUUAAAGCCAGAGAACAUUCUAUUGGAUGAUGAUGGUCACAUUCGGAUAUCAGAUUUGGGACUUGCAGUAAUAUUGCAAGAUGGAAAACCCGUCAAAGGCAGAGUGGGCACAGUGGGGUAUAUGGCUCCAGAGGUCAUCGCCAAUACGUACUACGGUGUUAGCAUAGACUGGUGGGGACUUGGGUGUCUAAUCUACGAGAUGACAGCCGGAAAUCCACCGUUCCAUACUCACAAAGAACGGCUGCCCAGACAGGAGAAGGAACGGAGAGUUCUGGAGAUGACCGAGCAUUACGGGAGCAAAUUUGACGAGGGCUCUAAAUCCGUCUGCAAAAGUCUCUUGACGAAAAGCCCAAAAGAGAGGCUAGGCUGCAGGCCAGGGGCCGGAGCAGAGGUCAUCAAAGGUCAUCCGUUCUUCAAGAACAUCAACUUCACCAGGCUGGAGGCUGGAAUGAUGAAACCCCGAUUUGUUCCUGAUCCAAGAGCGGUUUACUGCGCUGACGUUCUGGACAUCGAUCAAUUCUCCGCCGUUAAAGGCGUGAUCCUCGAUGAGGCGGAUGACGAUUUCCACGUCAGGUUUAACACGGGCAGCGUGGCAGUCCCGUGGCAGAACGAGAUGAUUGAAACAGAGUGUUUUAAGGACCUGAAUGUGUUUGGGCCGGGUGGAACACGAUCACCAGAUCUUGAUCGCAACGUGGUGCUCCAGCGCCACGGCUCAGAGACUCAACUCAACAAUCGCAGUACUCUGGAAAACUCUCGAAGCAGAUUACUGCACAGGAUCUUCAAGAGACGUCACCGGGGCCGGUCCGCUGAGCCCAUAUGCCAUUCUUCAUCCAGUCUGGGUUCGGACUGACUUCAUCAGAAGACCGGUCAAGUGUAAAUUAACUGGAUACAUUGUUGCCAGAACAACUGACUGCAUUUGGAUUUGAAGCACCAUUUUUUCCCUCGAACGUUUUGAUGCAAGACAAAGAUGAUAAACGGUAUAAAAGAGUCUGUGAAAGAAGAUACCGUAGAGAUUAUUUAAGGUUAAUUUUGAAAUAUGUCUGCAAGACUGGGUAUUUUGUUCAGAUCUUUAAAAUGAAUGUAUAGGAUGACAAAGCCAGUCUGCAGGGUUUGGCUAAUAUAGUCAUUGCUUUUAUAUUACAAAAGAGUUUUCAUUCAGUUGUUUGCUGAUUUUUCUUUGUUCGCUUUUUUACAUAAAUGACUGAAAGCCAAUGUGUGUGUGUGUGUGUGUGUGUGUGUGUGUGUGUGUGUGUGUGUGUGUGUGUGUGUGAGCGUGUAUUUAUCACUUUGUGGGGACCAAAUGUCCCCAUAAGGAUAGUAAAACCCGAAAUGUUUGACCUUGUGGGGACAUUUUGUCGGUCCCCAUGAGGAAAACAGCUUAUAAAUCAUACUAAAUUAUGUUUUUUGAAAAUGUAAAAAUGCAGAAAGUUUUCUGUGAGGUUUAGGUUUAGGGGUAGGGUUAGGUUUAGGGGAUAGAAUAUAAAGUUUGUACAGUAUAAAAACCAUUAUGUCUAUGGAAAGUCCCCAUAAAACAUGGAAACACAACAAGAGUGUGUGUGUGUGUGUGUGUGUGUGUGUGUGUGUGUGUUUCUUGCAUGAUUCAAUAUUAGUCUAAAAUGGGAGGGAUAUCAAUGUAUAAAAUGUACAUUUGUGGAAAUAAAAAGUGUUUAAGCUGUUUAUAAUCCUUUAGUUUAACUUAUUAAAACAAGUUGGUGUAUAAAACAUGGUUUAACAACAAAAAUCAUGAAGCAAAUCAAUUAACAAAUGAACAACAGAUUAUAAUAGCGGGUGAUGAAUGGAAAACAUUUAGAGACAUUUUAGUUGUUUAUUAUUCGCAUAAUUAUUGAUUUUCACUCCUGUGAUACUGUGAUAAAAUCAGUAUAAAGGCAGUACAACAAAUACUACCAUGAUGUAUAAUUACUACUAUUGAAAUCAUUUUCAUUUGUUUGCAUUAUUGUAAUCAAAACACAUAUUUUUCUUAUUACGGUAAUUCAA